CUUCUACUUUAUUAUUUAUUUUACCUUGAGCAGCUUUUCUUCUAGAUCUGUCUUCUCUGGUAACUCCAGAUCUCCGAUCCCCCCUUUCGCUUAUCCCCACGAAGUGACUCUGAUAUGGAGGGUCGUGCUCAUAAAAAAAAGGGUAAGGUUCAUGGAUCGAGCAGAGUGGAUCAUGGGAUUGCUGGUAUUGAUAAAAAAAAAUUCGGCAAACAAAAUACUAGCCCCCCUCAAACUCGUGCUGAUAAACAAAAAGGAAAGUCUCAUGAAUUAGGCACCAAAGUAAGAAGUAUCGGUUUUGAUUAUUCUUAUGAGUUUGAUCAUGAUGCAUAUAGAAUGGAUGAGAGUGGUAAUAUUGUUCCUCGUCAAACGUUUGAAGAGAAUUGGACGAUUGGUAAAUACGUUACAGAUAUGCAUGGGUAUGAAAUUCCGGAUGAUCAUUUUAUGAGUGAAGAUGAGGUAUCUGAUGAUGGUGAUGUAGCAUGUAUGACUAAUCAGCUGUCCCGUGCUAAGAUUGGAAAAUCACAUGUCACAGAAUGCAUUUCCCUACCUCCUCAUGACCCUGAAGAUGUGUUCCUGCUAACUUUUGAUGGACAUCGUAAAAAGGAAGUCAAUGGUGGUUAUGGGGCACUCUUGCGUUGUGCUAAUGGUCAGCCUGUUGUCGCUGUUGCUGGAGGUUCCAGACGAAGUAUUUCAGCUUUUUAUCAUACUUUAGAGGGGUUCCUAGCUGGUUUGGAACUUGCUGUCCUUGCAAACGUUCCGGCAGUCUUCUGCGCUUGUAAUUCUCAUAGGGUUUUCAACACUCUUUCGGAGUGUUUUAUCUUCAACAGCGAAGGUGGAUGUCGCCGUCAUCCUGAAGAUUCAUUUGAUUUGGUUUGCCAACCUUGUCUGAAUAGGAAUCUGACCAUUGAGGAACGAGUUGAUGAAGGUCUUUUUUAUGAAAUCGUGCAGAAGAUAGUGGAGACGGGACAACAAUACUAUCGCGACUGUGGUAUACUGAAGGCAUAUAUGAAAGAAUUGAAUAGACCUGCCGACUUUCUUGCCAAGCUGGUGCCUACCCCUGGGGAGGAAUGGAAGCUUAAACCAGAACAAUUCCCUGCUGCUUUGAUGGCUCUUGUUAAUCAGCAUGGAGGGGGAACCCUUUUGGUUACGACAAUUAGUUAUUUAGCCAAGUUGGUGAGCUGUGGAGGAAAUGACCCUAAUGACUUGGAGGGGCUCUUGUUUAUCAACUUUUUAUUAUUAUUAAUCUUAGUCUGACUUCUUAAUUUAUCUGUGCCUGAACUCCUAAUUAGUAUUAAAUUUAGUAUUAAUUAUGUAUGUGGGUUAAAAAGAAUAUUUGUUAGUUGAUGAACAAUGAUGAAUUUAGUCAAUUAGUAUUAAAUUUAGUCUUUGUAAA